CAAACGCCGUCACUACUACACACUCGGGCGUGUAAUCGCAGCAGGCAAACGCGUUCGGAAAUUUUUCACCUCGACGGGGUCGAAGCAAAACCGGUCCAAAUUACCACCGGAAAGUGCACUUUUUCGGUGAAUUUCACUCACACGCGACGCACUGGCAGCUGGGCGUCACUUUGGAGUCCACAAUGGCUGAGGUACCAUACCAAAACAUGGAGAAUCCCAGUGCGGCCGCAAAGAUGGCGGUCCACCUGGACCCGGAAAGCCAGGUUGAGAUUCGGGGAAUGACCUUUUCGGAACAAUCCAUCCGACGAGCCUUCAUCCGGAAGGUGUAUUUAAUCCUAACAGUACAAUUGGCAAUUACAAUGGCGUUCAUCUGUCUCUUCGUCUACCACGAACCGGCCAAAACCUUUACCCUGAACAAUCCCUGGAUCGCCAUCACGGCUUUUAUCACAAUGUUUGUCGUUCUCAUUAUUAUGGCAUGUUGUGGAGAAAUGCGUCGCAAAACUCCCCAUAAUUUCAUAUUCUUAGCUCUCUUCACCGUUGCGCAGGGUCUUAUGUUGGGCAUCGUCACAAUCAGAUAUGAAGCAAAUGAGGUUCUAACCGCAGUUGGAAUAACAUGCCUGAUCUGCUUUGGACUGACCAUUUUCUCGCUGCAAACCAAGUGGGACUUUACCAUGAUGGGAGGCUUCCUGUUUGUGGGACUGCUGGUUGUGUUUGUGUUUGGCUUCAUUGUUGCGCUGUUCCCGGGCAGUGCUGCCAGUUCGGUUUAUUCAGCUUGUGGAGCGUUGCUGUUCUCGCUGUACCUCGUGUACGACACCCAGAUCAUGAUGGGUGGCAAGCACAAGUACUCGAUCAGCCCGGAGGAGUACAUCUUUGCAGCGCUGAAUCUGUACCUAGACAUUAUCAACAUCUUCUUGUUUAUCUUGAGAAGAUAAAGAUGAGAUGGGUACUGAUUUUUGAUGCAAAAUGUUUGCAAAUCAACGAAGUGUAACGUAGCCAGCACUCGUUUGACUGUUUAGUUGUGUUUCCUAUGCGAGAUAUUCACAGCAAACUGAUUAAAAUGUACAUCCUUUUCAACA